GUUUGAAAUGGGGGCAACAACUGAAGACAGCUUUAGAAUCAUGAUCGCAACAGAUAAUCACCUGGGAUAUAAUGAAAGAGAUACUGAAAGGGGUGAUGACAGUUUUGAAACCUUUGAAGAAAUAUUAGAGUUGGCAGUUGAGAAGGAGGUGGACAUGAUUUUGCUGGGAGGUGACUUGUUUCAUGAAAAUAAACCAUCACGACAGUGCUUAGUUCGUUGCAUGGAUCUUUUGAGGAAAUAUACUUUUGGUGACCGGCCUGUAUUAUUUGAUUUUGUGAGUGACCCUGUAGAAAACUUCAAACAUGCCAAAAAUCCUAUAGUUAACUAUCAAGAUCCGAACUUGAAUGUGUCAAUCCCUGUAUUUUCCAUCCAUGGUAAUCAUGAUGACCCAUCAGGCAUGGGUCAGUUUUGUGCCUUGGAGAUGCUGUCAACAGCUGGUCUUGUUAAUUACUUUGGUCGCACCACAGAUCUUAAUGAAAUCAGUAUAUCACCAAUUUUGCUGGAGAAAGGACGAACCAAAUUGGCCUUGUAUGGUCUUUCAUCAGUUAAGGAUGAGAGAUUGUUUAGAUUGUUUGGAAAUGACAAGGUAAAGAUGCUUCGGCCUGUGGAAGCCAUGGAUGACUGGUUUAAUGUCUUUGUUUUACACCAGAAUCACACUAAGCAUGGUAUGACUAAUUAUAUACCAGAGUCCUUUUUGGACCCAUUUCUCGAUCUUGUUAUUUGGGGCCAUGAACAUGAAUGCCUCAUUGAUCCUCGCCAGAGUGCUGAUGAUUCAUUCUUUGUUGUGCAACCAGGCAGUUCAGUUGCAACAUCUCUAUGUGCUGGUGAAUCUGCGGAAAAACACGUUGCCAUCUUAGAAGUGACUCAUGACAAAAAAUUCAAAGUGGAUAAGUAUAAGUUGAAGACAGUGAGGCCCUUUGUUUUUGAGGACCUGAAUUUAGGGGACCAUGGACUUGGUGAAAAAGGUGAAAUUGUUGUGAAACGUUUUGUUGAAAAUCACGUUCGGGAGAUGUUGAAGAAAGCUGAAGGACUACUCACAGGUCAUCCUCGGCAACCCAAAAAACCUUUGAUAAGAUUGCGAGUUGAAUAUAGUCAUGAAGAUCAAAUGUUUAACACAGUUAGGUUUGGUCAUAUGUUUGAAGAGCUGUUGGCCAACCCUAAUGACAUGAUCCUGUUCAAGAAAGAAGUCCAGCAGAAGAAGAAGAAGGUUGAAAGUGGUGUAGAUGAUGAGAACAUGGAUGCCUUAUUUGAAGUGACAACUAGAGUGGAAGACCUUGUGAAGAAGUACUUUGAUGAAAUGGAAGAUGAUAAUCGGCAGCUGUCUCUUUUAACUGAGAGAGGUUUGGCUCUUAGUGUCCAAUCUUACAUUGAAAAGGAGGAUAGCAGUGCAUUAGUUGAUAUUGUCAAGCAUCAAAUCAAAAAGACCCGGAAAUACCUAGUAGAAGCAGAUGUGGAACCAGAGGAUGAACAAGUAGUUCAAAAGAUUCAAGAAUACAGAGAUGAACGUUUACGGAGGAAGAGAGCAGAGGAAUUAGAAGAUGAGGCAGCAGCUGUGCUUAAUGACCCCAAUAGGACACGCUCUAAACAUCGUAUAGACAGUGAUGAUGAUGAUGAUGAAAUUAUAUUUGAUGCUGAAAUGGGUGACAGCUCAUCAAAACCAACAAGGGGUCGUGGAUCCCAGAGGGGCCGUGCCAGAGGCCGUGGCUCAAGAGCUGCUUCCUCCUCAGGGUACCAGGCUGGCUCUAGCAGAGCAUCAAGUGCAAAAGGACAGCUUGAAAUGUCUAGUAUUGGUUCUCCUAAGAAAGGCAGGGGUGCAUCACAGCGAGGACGAGGAAGAGGGCAAACUGCUCCAAAACAGUUCAGUAUCAUGGAUUCCUUCUCUCGUGCAAGUCAGAAGGCAAGCCAGAAAACCCCAUUUGCUGUAAAGAAAAGCUCUGGUGGUGUUAUAUUUGACAGUGACAGUGACUAGAUCUUUAUAGUAGAAUAAGGAUUUUUAAUAGACCUGUGAUUCAUAAAUAAUUGGGAUGGGGAGGAAUGUUUUGAAACUGGUUAUUAUGCAUACUCCACAAUUGUAAGUUCCUAAGCUAUAUAGUUUUAUCAGUAACAUAUAGAAUUCUAGAAUAUGAUUAGAUUAUGAGAAUAUCUGAGUAACUUGAAAAUCUGGCAGUUAUAUUUGUUUUCCUUAUGGCAAGUUUUGAUUUUAGUUACAGACCCUCCACUACUUACAAAAUUUCAAAUAUGCAAAUACUGUAGUAUUAUUAAGGUAAAAAUGUAUAUGAUGGAUUAUUUAGUGUAUAUUGCAAAGUUUUGAACUUAUAGACCAGUACUCAGUUGUAGUUACACAGUAGUAAUAUGACCUUAGAUACACAGUACACAUGUAUGUUUAAUCAUUGCCUUUGAAGGGAGUUUUUAAAUUGAGGGCAGUCUGCUUGCAUGUGGAGGAGUUUCUGUAAUGAAGAAUAUGUUUUCUUUAUUUAAUUUCACUAUUUAGUUUUAGUUCUAUUUGUAGUUUAUAUUGUUUAUAUUGUAAUGUCAGUAUAGUUAGCUCAGUGUUGAAAGUACAACUUAUGUGUAUGUAAUUUUAGAACAUUUUUACCAUAUAAUUUUUUUAACGUCAGUUUAGAUUUGUGAAUAAAGCAGUGCAUUUUAGAGUAGUUGGAUAUAGUAGUUUUUGCUAACUGAUCUUAUGUUUUUAUUUGUACCCCUUGGCCUAUGAUCAAGGCCAUAUGAAUACUGCAAAUAAAUGUGAUUUUUACAUUUG